AUGGAGGAUGUUUCUCCACCCAAAACAUCGUCCGAUUCAGACAAUACGGAUCCUGUGAAUGAGUCUUCUUUGAAAAUUCUUGUUGAAAGUGGGCAUGGUGACUUCCCUGUGGAUGAAUUGUUCCGACCAGGGCUCCAGGAGCGGCUAUCUCAGGUCGACAUUAUGAAAGGAGCUUCAAAGUUGUACGGAACAAAGCACGGGCCUUGCUAUGUCACCCUCCAGGACCUUUCAAUCAGAGGACGAGUUGACGUCUCCAGCGUCGACUUCCCUACUGUGGGGACAUCGAUACUCGGCCUGAUCAAGUCUCUCACUCUGCAAUCGAAGCCGGUGUGCAAGAACGAUAUUCUCUCUGAUGUCACCACGGCAUUCGCUCCCGGAAAGCUCUGCCUCCUCAUCGGCGCGCCUCAGUCCGGGAAGUCCACUCUCUUGAAGUUGAUUGCGAGCCGUCUUGAGAGCGGUCUGGAACAGAGCGGGAACAUCUGUUUCAACGGUGUACACCCUAAUAAGAAGAUCAUGCCAAGAAUUGCAGCUUACACUCCUCAAUACGACGACCACACCCCUGUCCUGACUGUCAAGGAAACCAUGGACUUCGCGUUUGACUGUGUCUCAAGCACUCUGAUGCGCGAGGUCGCGGAACGUAAUGGUAUGAACCUUGCAGAGGCAAAAGGCCAGGACGUCAACCCCAGGAACAAAGUAGACAUGCUCCUGCACUACUUUGGCCUUUCGCACGUCAAGGAUACUGUUGCAGGGAGUGGAGUUCUGCGUGGAUUGUCUGGUGGCGAAAGGAGGAGAUUGACAAUCGCUGAACAACUUGUCGGAAACAACAUGGUACACUGCAUGGAUGAAAUAACAACUGGAUUAGAUUCAGCUGCAGCCAUUGACAUAAUCCGUACGCUUCGAAAUGCUUGCCAGGUGAUGAACAACACUACUAUUAUAUCAUUGUUGCAGCCUCCUCCUGAUGUCUUGGAGAUGUUUGAUGAAAUCAUGGUUCUCGGCGCACAUGGCACGUUGCUUUACCAUGGACCUCUCAGCAAGGCGAAGGAGUACUUCUGCAGGGAGCUGGGCUUCUGCUGUCCAGAUAGCAUGUCACUUGCGGACUUUCUGGUGUACGUGUCCACCGGAGAUUCCUUGGAGUUUUGGAAGAACCCUGGGGUGAAGCCUCCAACUUGCAUGGAGAUGGCUGAGAGAUGGAAGCGCUCUGAAAUACAUCACACUUACAUUCACCCAAGAUUCGCCGCCGCUGCCACGCUGGCAAAAGAUGUUCAUGAGAACCCUAUCAACAAACUGCCUUGGACUAGACCGUUUGGAGCCUCUAUGGGAACUCUGAUGAUUGCGUGCCUUCGACGAGCGAUUGCAGUGAAGCUGAAGAACCUUGGCAUUCUCAAGGCGUUGGUGAUCCAACGUACUAUUCAAUCUGUAAUCAUCGGCACGAUUUUCUGGCAGUUGCCCACGACAAGGUACAACUUGAAAGUACCCCUCUUCUUCCUGCUGGUUUCUAUUCUUUCCAUGAGCAACAUGUACAUCAUCGAUGUGACUGAAGCCAAGAGGCCUAUCUUCUACAAACAUCGCGAUUCAGGCUUCUUCCCGACUUGGGUCUACGUCCUAUCUGAGGCUAUUGCUGAUUUUCCUAUGCAACUUGUAGAAGUUCUUAUUGUCAGUUUGAUUGUUUUCUUUUUCGUCGGUUUGCAGGCUUCAACAUGGCCUGUCUUUGCAGUAUCCUUGAUAUGCAUCUACCUUGCCUUCGGAGCGGUGUACAAGGCGUUUGCUGCUGUGGCCAAGACUACCUCAGGGUCGCAUGGAAUGGCCAUCGGGUUCGCAGCCUUAGCCAUGUGCUUCUCCGGAUUCAUCGUGACGCGCUCGACGAUUCCUCCCUUCUUCAUCUGGAUCUACUGGAUCGUCCCAACUCCCUGGAUCAUCCGCAUCGUGGCAUUGAACGAGUUCAAGGCGUCGGGAAAGAAUGGGUACUACGACCAGCUUGGCGAUGGUGGAGUCAGGAGAGGCGAUCUGAUGCUCGAGGCCUUUGCGAUUCAGACGGAAGACUACUGGAUCGGGUAUGGAUUUCUGUACAUCGUCUUCCUCAUCGUGAUAGGUCAUUGGCUGUACAUCUGGUCACUGGAUCGUCUGAGGUACGGGUUUCAAAGACCCACUAUCGUCAAGAAGAACAAAGCCCAAAAGAUCUCUCCGAUCGGGCAUGCUAAGUUGGACCCGGAGAUGUUGGACGAGAUGGAGCAGUCAGCGGCAGCCUUCAUCAGCCAGCAGGCCUUCACGACCCUUGAGAGCUUGUCUUGCCAGCCUCCCAAGGUCUCGUUGGCGGUCAGGGACUUGACGUACACGGUCACGAUCAAGGCGCCGAAAGGAUCGGGUGUCAAGACUCUUGACAAGGUGCUGAUCAACAACGUGGACGCUCUGUUCCUGCCGGGGAGGAUCACUGCCCUCAUGGGGGCCUCGGGGGCCGGAAAGACGACGCUCAUGGAUGUGAUUGCUGGACGAAAGACGGCUGGUAAGAUCACUGGUGAGGUUCUCGUCAACGGGCAUCCCCAAGACCUCAGCACGUUCGCUCGCAUCUCUGGGUACGUGGAGCAGAUGGACAUUCACAUCGCCACCAUGACGGUGAUCGAGGCCCUGCGGUUCUCUGCCAACCAUCGCUUGCCGCCUGAGCUGACGGCAGCUGAAAGGGAGCAGGUGGUGCAGGCCGUGGUCGACCUGGUGGAACUCCGUCCGGUGGUGGACAAGAUGAUCGGCGACUCGUCGACGGGCCUGUCGACGGAGCAGAGGAAGCGAGUCACUAUCGGGGUCGAGAUGGCGGCAAACCCUAGCAUCAUCUUCCUCGACGAGCCGACCUCAGGCUUGGACGCUCGCUCAGCCAAGGUCGUCAUGUCCGUCAUCCGUCGCAUCGCUGCUGCCGGUCGUACUGUAGUCUGCACUGUCCAUCAGCCCUCUCCGGAGAUCUUCGCCAUGUUCGACAACCUCCUCCUCCUCAAGAAAGGCGGCUGGACCGUGUACAAUGGAGACCUGGGCCCUCAGGGCACGGACCCAGUGACCAUGCUCCCCACUAGCUCCGCCCGCAACAUGAUCGACUACUUCCAGACCCUCUCGCCAUCAGUGCCGAGGUAUGAGGAAGGAACAAAUCCGGCCGAGUACAUGCUUGACGUCAUCGGAGCUGGGAUCGACACGGCGAGCAGAAGCGUGGACGUGGACUUUGUGGAGCAGUUCCGCAACUCGACCAUGGCUUCGGAGAUUUUGUCCGAAAUUUCCAAGAUCGGGGAGGGCGAGAAGAUCGCGUUCAGUGCUCGCUACGCCACCACCCUCGUCACUCAGCUCUACUACUCUUGUGAUCGAUGGUUCUCCAUGUACUACAGGAACGUGGGAUACAACUACAAUCGUCUCAUCGUCGUUCUUAUCGUCGCUCUCCUCUUCGCCCUCAACGUCACCCACGUGUCUUUGCAAUCUGUCAGCGACCAGGCGACGCUGCAGUCCUUCAACGGAGUAAUCUUUGCUGGCGUUUUCUUCACUUGCGCUGUGCAGAACUCAAUGUCCGUGGGAGUCAUCGGCAACUCGAAGCUCGUCUACUACAAAGAGCUCGCUGCUGGCAUGUACGCUCCCUUCUCCUACCUCUUCGGAGCCACAGUUGCCGAGAUUCCUUGGCUUGUCAUCGUCGUCGGACUCCAUCUCCUCGUCUUCUACCCUCUGGCCGGCCUGUGGGCUGCGACGGACUACGUGGUCAUGUACGGCAUCGCCAUGUUUCUGUUCGCCAUGGUCUUCUGCUUCUGGGGUCAGAUGAUCUCGGCCAUGGCCUCCACCACGCAGGCAGCGUCGCUCAUCGCCAGCCCAACCAUCGGCCUCAUGGUUCUCUUCUGCGGCUUCUUCAUCCCAGGCUACAUGAUCCCCUACCCCUGGAAGAUCUUCUACUACGUCUUCCCUGCUCGCUACGGCCUCAUCUCCGCCAUGCCCAAGCAGUUCUACUGCAGCCUCAGCUGUAUCCCUGAGCGGCAGAUCAGCGACAACUUGAUGCGCAUCGACUGCACCAAUCCCGCGAUCAAGUCGCUUGCCGACGCUCCUUACCACGCGUCGGGCCCCGGCUGCAGCCUGCUCUUCGACAAGACCAACGCAACCGCAGGCGCGCAGGGCAUCGACUUUGUGGAAAGCAACUUUCCCGGGCAGGCGUACCCGAGGAUGACGGUGUGGGACUACUGGAGCCUGACGACCCACAGCAACGUCAACGACGUGAACCUCUUCCUGUGGGUGACCGCCAUCUUCGCCAUAGGCUACCGAGUCAUCACCUUCCUCUGCCUCAAGUACCUCCGGCAGAUCCAGCGAUAA